GGAGGAGGGGGGCUGGUUCAGAGCCCUGAAGGGGCUGGAUUUGGAAUCUCCUUCCAGGUACCCGAGAGCAAAUUGUCAGAUCAGAAGGAGAAAUUAUGUCAUUCUUUCAAAGGAAUGAAUUAAAAAGUGCUUCCUCGUGUGACUGAUUGACAGAAAAGAGGAUAUAUAAAGGAGGGAGCUGCUGCCUAAAAGUCAGUAAGAGAAACUCCAUCCACAGCAGAGUGCAUUCUAAACACUUAAGAAGUCUUUGAGUUGGCUUUUCAAAAGGAGCCAAGCCCUCUCAUUCUUUCUGGGUUUGAAUUGGAGCAUCAUUUCUCAUUAGAGAGUUUUUUAAAAAGACCAGGUGUGAUGCUACAGAAAGGCAGGAUGCUCUGGUGGCUGGUCCUCUUGGCUCUCUGGGCUUUCUCCAAUGCUCAAGAUGCUGAUGGAGAAGAUGAUGCUUCCUUUGACCUAUUUGAAAUCAGUAACAUAAACCGAAGGACACUUGGUGCCAAGCAGUUCCGAGGGCCUGACCCUAAUAGCCCAGCUUAUCGCUUUAUCAGAUUUGAUCACAUUCCACCAGUGAAAGCUGAGAUUCUAAAGAAGAUACUGAAGAUGAUGAGGCAAAAUGAGGGCUUCUUCCUCACUGCCAUUCUAAAGCAGGAUAAACAUUCGAGGGGUACCCUCCUGGCUUUGGAGGGCCCUGGGAACUCUCAGAGGCAGUUUGAGAUUAUAUCCAAUGGCCGGGCCAAUACCCUGGACCUGAUUUACUAUGGAGAUAAGGGCCAGAAUGUGAUUUCUUUGGAGGAUGUGGAUCUGGCUGACUCCCAUUGGAAAAAUAUCACUGUGCAGCUGACAGGGGAGACCUAUAGCCUCUAUGUGGGUUGUGACCUCAUUGACAACUUCAUUCUGGAGGAGCCUUUCUAUGAGCAGCUGAAGGCUGAGGAUAGCAGAAUGUAUGUGGCCAAAGGCUCCAUCCGAGAAAAUCACUUCAGGGGUUUCCUUCAAGAUGUUCGCUUAGUUUUUGAAACUUCUGUGGAAGAUGUUCUUAUCAAGAGAGGAUGUGAGCGAAGCCAGACAGCUGAAAUGAACACCAUCAAUGAGAGCACGGAGAUACUCCGCCUUAGCCCAAACAUAGAGAAAAAAGCAGAAGUUUGCGAGCGCUCCUGUGAAGAGCUAGGCAGCAUGAUCAAUGAAAUAUCAGGGCUACACAGCCUGGUCAACAGCCUCAGAGAAAAUCUAAAUAAAGUGACAAAUGAUAAUCAAGUUCUCUGGGAACUCGUUGGUGUCCCUCUAAAGGUGAGGAACCAGACGGCAUGUUGGCAAGAUGGCCGUUUCUUUCAAGAUAAUGAGACCUGGGUAGUGGACAGUUGUACUAAAUGUACUUGCAAGAAAUUUAAAACAGUUUGCAGCCAAAUCACCUGCCCAGCAGUAGCUUGUGCCAAUCCCUCCUUUGUUGAAGGUGAAUGUUGUCCUUCCUGCUCCCCUUUCAACGACAAUGAAGAAGGCUGGUCCCCAUGGGCUGAAUGGACAGAAUGCUCUGUCACAUGUGGUUCAGGAACACAACAGAGAGGACGCUCUUGUGAUGUCACCAGCAACACGUGUCUGGGACCCUCUAUCCAGACAAGAAUGUGCAGCCUUGGCAAAUGUGACAACCGAAGACGGCAAGAUGGUGGCUGGAGUCACUGGUCUCCUUGGUCUUCCUGCUCUGUAACCUGUGGAUUGGGUAACAUCACUCGUAUCCGCCUCUGCAAUUCCCCUGUCCCACAGCUGGGAGGAAAGAAUUGUAAAGGAAGCGGACGUGAGACAAAAGAAUGUGAGAAGUCCCCUUGUCCAAUUAAUGGUCGAUGGAGUCCAUGGUCUCCCUGGUCUGCAUGCUCUGUCACAUGUGCAGGAGGAAUUCGUGAGAGAUCCCGGGUCUGUAAUAAUCCUGAACCACAGUAUGGAGGAAAGGAUUGCGUGGGAGAUGUCAAAGAACACCAGAUGUGCAACAAACGGAGCUGUCCCGUUGAUGGAUGUUUAUCCAAUCCUUGUUUUCCUGGAGCAGAAUGUAAUAGUUUCCCUGAUGGCUCUUGGUCAUGUGGGUCUUGCCCAGCUGGCUAUCUGGGGAAUGGCACUCAUUGUGAAGACCUUGAUGAAUGCGCAGUUGUCACAGAUGUCUGCUUCCUAUCCAAUAAGGUUCACCGCUGUGUCAACACCAAGCCAGGCUUCCACUGCCUGCCAUGCCCCCCACGCUACAAAGGAACUCAGCCUUUUGGGGUGGGGCUGGAGGCAGCCAGAACAGAAAAGCAAGUUUGUGAACCUGAAAACCCAUGCAAAGACAAGACUCACAACUGCCAUAUGCAUGCAGAAUGCAUUUACUUGGGUCAUUUCAGUGACCCAAUGUACAAGUGUGAAUGCAAGACUGGCUAUGCUGGUGAUGGGCUCAUCUGUGGGGAGGACUCCGAUCUGGAUGGCUGGCCCAAUAAAAACCUUGUCUGUGCAACAAAUGCUACAUAUCACUGCAUUAAGGAUAACUGCCCCCACCUACCGAAUUCUGGUCAGGAAGAUUUUGACAAAGAUGGCAUUGGUGAUGCUUGUGAUACUGAUGAUGACAAUGAUGGUGUGGAUGAUGAGAAGGACAAUUGCCCUCUUCUCUUUAAUCCCCGUCAAUCUGAUUAUGACAAAGACGAGGUUGGAGAUCGCUGCGAUAACUGCCCGUAUGUGCACAACCUGGCUCAGAUUGACACUGACAAUAAUGGAGAGGGUGAUGCUUGUUCUGUAGAUAUUGAUGGAGAUGAUGUUUUUAAUGAAAGAGACAAUUGUCCCUAUGUCUACAAUACUGACCAAAGGGACACUGAUGGUGAUGGAGUUGGAGAUCACUGUGACAACUGCCCCUUGAUGCACAAUCCUGACCAGACUGAUGUAGAUAAUGACCUUGUUGGUGACCAGUGUGAUAACAAUGAAGACAUAGAUGAAGAUGGUCACCAGAACAACCAAGACAAUUGUCCCUACAUCUCCAAUGCUAAUCAGGCUGACCAUGAUAAUGAUGGCAAGGGGGAUGCCUGUGACUCUGAUGAUGACAACGAUGGCAUUCCAGAUGACAGGGACAAUUGCCGGCUUGUUUUCAAUCCUGACCAGGAGGACUCAGAUGGUGAUGGAAGGGGUGAUAUUUGUAAAGAUGACUUUGACAAUGACAACGUCCCUGAUAUUGAUGAUGUGUGUCCAGAAAACAAUGCUAUCAGUGAAACUGAUUUCAGAAAGUUCCAAAUGGUGCAUUUAGACCCUAAGGGAACAACUCAGAUAGAUCCCAACUGGGUAAUUCGUCACCAAGGCAAGGAGCUGGUGCAGACAGCCAAUUCUGACCCGGGUAUAGCUGUAGGUUUUGACGAGUUUGGCUCUGUUGACUUCAGUGGCACAUUUUAUGUCAACACUGAUCGUGAUGAUGAUUAUGCCGGGUUUGUGUUUGGCUAUCAAUCAAGCAGUCGGUUUUAUGUUGUAAUGUGGAAGCAGGUCACCCAGACUUAUUGGGAAAACCAGCCCACCAGGGCUUAUGGCUACUCAGGUGUAUCGCUCAAAGUGGUGAAUUCCACCACUGGGACAGGAGAACAUCUCAGGAGCCUGUGGCACACAGGAAACACAGAAGGACAAGUACGUACAUUAUGGCAUGACCCCAAGAAUAUAGGCUGGAAAGAUUAUACUGCCUACAGGUGGCAUCUAACUCACAGACCCAAGACAGGUUAUAUAAGAGUUUUAGUACAUGAAGGGAAGCAGGUUAUGGCAGAUUCAGGAGCAAUCUAUGAUCAAACCUAUGCUGGGGGACGGUUAGGUCUUUUUGUCUUCUCUCAAGAAAUGGUCUUUUUCUCAGACCUCAAAUAUGAAUGCCGAGAUGUCUGAGUGAGGGAUGCUGCCUUUCCAGCAAAGUACUGUAUGUGCUGUGUUUAACUUAGACACUUCAAUUCAUCACGGUACUUCCAGCUCCUCUCUCUGUGUCUCCUUCUUCUUCAGUUCCUUGGACCUUUCCUCUGAGCAGCCUUUCACCUCUCCAUUCCCAGGAGUUGCUCAGCCAAUUUUAUGCCCAAGUGCCUUCUGAGAAGUAAUAGCAAAAGGAUCCUAACACAAGUGGCCAAUGUGCCAUAGAAGCAAAAUAUGAUAGUUAGACGCUUUCAGCAGAGUGAAAACAUUGAGUACGACUAUGCAUUUCACUGUUUUUGUUUGUUUGUUUUACAAGGAUGACGUUUACAUGUAAAGUGUAAUUACUUAAUAUAUUUAUGUAUAUGUAGCUGAAGAGGAUCCUGAAUAUAAGCCAUGUCUUAAAUUAAGCAGGAAAAUGAGUGCUAAAUCACUUCUCAAUCCAGGAAUGGCCUACAUGAAUACAUUAGCCAAGAGUGAAUAGGAGUUAAAUCAAGUGUAGUGCUGUAAUAGUAAAUAAAUAGUUGAGGGGGGUGGAGGUAUAAGGGUCACAGAAACCAGCAUAACAUGUCCUCCAACUUAUUGGGGGUGUUUUUGGGGAGAAAAACCCACAAAUAACCAAAACAACCCACACAUUCAAAGGGCAGCUUUCCACAUCAAGACCAGGAAAUAGCUUGCAGAGGAGAUCUAGCAAUAAGGCCUCAUUUGUGACAGUGUGAAAGGCUAGGUUCUAUAGGAUGUGAGAAGAGCCCACACAGUAAAAAUAAAAUCAGUGUGUGAGAUAACAAAGCAGAGUGCCCCAACUGGAGCCUCACACUAUUGUAAUCUUUCUUCUUUUGUUUGCCAUUCCCCAAUUUCUUGUGGGUUGUUGUUGUUGUUUUUCCCCUCCGAUCCAUUUUCCAGAUCUCUGCUGCUGAAAAAUGUAAAAACAAAAGAUAAAAAAAAAAACCAAACCAAAUGCACUUUGACAUGUGAAUCCUGAUCUGGGCUUUGCAAAUGAUGACAAUGUUACUGUUACCUAGCUUGGUAACACAUUAAAUUAAGGUUCCAGUUAUAAAUGUUUAUUAAUAUUUAUUAGACGAUUAUCAGAUGCAGCUACAUUCUCUAAUAACUUAUUUUAAGCAUGUCAUAUGUUGCCUCUGUAGUACAUUUUUUUGAGAAAUAUAAGUAUAAUGACUAUAUGGCAUUGUGUACAUACUGCUAAAACAAUGUAUGUGCCUGUCAAAAUACAUGGCUUGAUAGUAUUCAUUUGUCAUAUAGAAUGCUAUAGAUUAUCAUAGGAUGAAAAAAAUCAUAACGAAGAGUUUAUAAAUGGAACCUUAAUAUAUAUAGUUACCCCCAAUUUUAAUUCAGUAUUUCAUAUUAUUAUCUGCCUGCUGUACGUAGGAUGUUUUCUUGAUUGAAUAUUGAAGGGAAACCAGCAUUUAGUCUAACCAGAUCCACCAGUUAAUCAGUUAUUCAUUAAUAUAAAAAUGUUCAAUAUCUUUUUUUCCCCUUUUCAUUAAGUUGCAUGUAGUUUCUGCACAGGAAAUACUUGCUAAUCAAGCUUCACAUAUGGACUUUUCUAAAGGAAAAACUUUCUCUUACCUGGCCCUGGACAAAUUCUCUCUGUCCCUGUCUUUUUCUUUCCAAUGGAAAUUUAUUCCUAUAGCAAUAAGAAAUAAUCCACAGCUUUUGACAUUGUUGCACAUUUUAUUGCCUUUUCAUAUCAGCAACUUUUAAAAAAACGCUUCUGGUGAUUACUUUUAUUGUUGUUUUGGAUUUGUAAUGUUUUCAGUCUUUCUCAGUUCAUGCUUCUGGUUUUUGGAACUGUAUCCCCAAUUCCAAGUAAGGGUGGGGGAGACUUCAUUAAAUGUCACAGUUGUCAUGGC